GAAAUGAGAGUGUCAACGCACUGGACCAGAAAAUUAUGGUGGCAACUGUACAUCAUGUCCUACGUUUUGUUGUACAAGAUGGUUGCGCACUUCAAGUACACGUUCCCCUGUAACUCUGUGCAUCUGCUGCAUUUUGCAUAGAUGACUCUGACCUGUGUUGUGCAUGAGGCCUGAUUAUCUUGUGGUAGAUGUGGUCUUUUUUUCACAGGCUUCGGCCAUGUGCAUUAGUCGUGCGAAGAAGCUGCUCCCGUGUCUGUCAAAGAAGUAUCGUCGUCUUUCCUGAGGACCGAGACCCUGUGACGCUUGUCAAAGAGGGACCUCGACCCCAGUUGGAUGUGAUUCGCAAAGAGUCUCUGCAGCUCUACCGCGAGAUCCUCAAGGCAGCCAAGCACUUCACAUGGGCAGACAAAGACGGUAAGAUCUGGCGCGACAAGCUGGUGGCGAGCGCUCGGAAGGAGUUCGAGGACGCGCGCUAUGAGAAAGACCCCGAGAUCAUCUCACGGCUGUUGAUCGGCGGCAGAAACGCUUUGGAGCAAGUGACUGACAGGAUGGCGAUAAAAGCACGCAAACUGAUCGAUGAGGAGCAGAAGAAACUCACAGGUCUACAUGUUCCUAGUGGUCAGAGCGCUGUGGAAAAAGGAAGGAAGAGAGAUGAGAUGGCUU